AUGCUGUCAACCUGCCACAGUUCAACUGAUCUCACUGAUACCGGAAAAAAGGGUCGCAAGAAUGGCUUGCCAGUUUUGAAGCCGCAAGUUGUAAUCGAUUACAACCGAGGCAUGGGCGGAGUGGAUAGCGAGGACCAACAACUGGCUUCUUUUCCAAUUAUGCGAAGAUACGCCAAAUGCUACAAGAAAAUCUUUUAUAUUAUGGACAUCGCUGUUUAUAACAGCUACGUUUUAUCUGCCAAAGCAUCAGGCAAGCGGCUCCACUACACAGACUGGAGAGUGAACCUCGCAGAGGAGAUUCUCGAAGCGGCCGUUUUGCCCCGGUACCAUGGUCGACGUAAACCGCCUGUAGUGGCUACACCAAUGCGGCUGCAGGCUUCCAAGUGGGCUCAUUUUCCUCGCCAUAUCCCACCAAACAAAAUCAAGCAGAAUCCAUCAAGGCUAUGCUUAGUCUGCUAG